AUGGAGGCGGUGGGAUCCGCAGCGAGCAUCAUCGCUGUGAUCGAUCUGUCUGCAAAAGUCGUAUCUCUUUGCUCCCAGUACUACUCUGCUGUCAAAAAUGCCCCUUCUGAUAUCGAAAGGCUGCAAGGAGAAGUUGUGAGGUUGAACACGACCCUACAAGGCGCGCAGCGGCUCCUUGAAAGCCCAGACGGCAAGAGGCUCCAAACCUCGCAAGGCCUGCGGAAUGGACUCAUCGACUGUUCUUCCCAGCUGUCGUCACUGCAAUUGAGGCUGGAGAAGAAACUCAAUCCUGGAUCCGCGCGCAAGGCCAUAAGCCGGAUCGGAUUUCGCGCUCUCAAGUGGCCCUUUGAGAGCAAAGAGAUCGAUAGCAUCAUCAAGAACUUGGAGCGGCAUCGAGACAUACUGUCAGUGGAUCUCGCCGUUGAUGGAGUUACUCAGGUCCUCGAUAUCAGCCAGACACUCGUCCUUUCCAAGCUCCCGACCGCAAACAAUGCAACCUUCGAUUCUCACGCGGACGAGCACGCCGCCCGUUGUCACCCUCGAACGCGAAUCGACCUCCUUGAGACUAUAACGACAUGGGCCGACAAUCCUCAAGGUAAGAUCAUCUUCUGGCUCAACGGCAUGGCAGGGACCGGGAAGUCUACUAUCUCACGAACGGUUGCGCAAUCUUUUGCCGACAGAGGACUUCUCGGUGCUAGCUUCUUCUUCAAGAGAGGCGAGAGAGACAGGGGUAACGCAGCCCUGCUAUUUACAACCAUCACUGCACAGCUUGUUGCCAAGGAACCUGAUCUAGCGCCGCACGUCAGGACCGCCAUCGAGGAUGACCCUUCCGUCACGAGCAAGGCAUUGAGAGAGCAGUUUGAGAAGCUGAUCCUGAAGCCGUUGGGAAAUUUGAAGGGCGGUACGGGCGGCGUCAAAGAAGUCGUCCUGGUGAUUGACGCUCUUGACGAGUGCGAGCGGGAUGACGAUAUCAGAGUCAUUAUCUACCUGUUGUCACAGGCAAAGGCUCUGAGUUCGGUGUCGCUAAAAGCCUUCCUCACGAGCAGACCAGAGCUGCCUGUCCGACUCG